AUCACUCCUUUAGCAUCACGAACAUCCUGGUCUCUGAUCUUGGAAAUAACGGCUUGCGCAUCUCCCAGAAAAGCAGCCUCUGUCCUCCUUUAGUACUAUCAAUGUGUUUGUUACUAUACAUGUAAUCUUUAAAAAAAUGUAUGAAAACUUAAAGAUGAAGCCUCAAACAGACAUUAUGGUCCAAGCAAUAUCAAACCCACAACAAACAAUGGAACGAAAAAUAACAUACAAAGGAGACCAUUAACAUUACUAUUACAACUACGAAGCAAAUCACAGUGAGUUAGUGGCAGUACAAAUUUGACCAAAUAGUGAAGGCAACUAACUAUUAGCAACAGAAAAAUGGCAGGACUUGGAAUGAGCGGGGGUCCUUAUACACAACAACCCAAAGAUUAAUAUGUACUCAUAAUUCUCCAUUACAGACCAUAUACAAAUUCAGUCAAAAGACAAAAAAUCCACUUCAGAAAAAUAUCAAAAGCCAUCAGUUCUGGGAAAUGCAAGCAUAAGGCUAUUCCUUCUCAAAACAUCCUAACACCACCAUCAUCAUAAACUCUAAAAUCGAAAUCGUAACAAUCUGUCUCUCCUUCCCCCCUUUCCCUUUUCAUCAUUUUCUUCGAACAGGUUAGCGAAAUAAAAAAAACCCUGCAGCAGAACAGGUUCAUGACUCAACAGAGAUGUUGACGCUUGGCUGCUCAGCGGCCAUGUUUGCAGGAGCAGCAGCAUUUGUGGUGGUAGUAGUAGUUACAUGUUGUUCCGACCCAGAAUCCCUUUUUGCCUUGUUGUGGUGGGUACUGCCAUUUGCUGUCUGUCCACCGCUGCUGGUACGAGUCCUGGCUCUUGGACCAGAUGGGGAUUCUUUAUGGGCAUGGCUGCCAAGGCUGUGGCGCUGCCUGGCACAAUGCUUGCUGAUGACCUGUUGUUGAUCUUGCUCCUGAUAUGUGCUCACAGCUGCAUCUCCGCAGCUCUUUCUCCGGUUAAGCUUCGGUGAUACUGGCCGCGUCAAUGGCAGCUGACAAAAUAGAAGAACAUAACACAAAAAUCCCACAGGUUAGAGUUGGUAAAGUGCUGCUGCAGUAGACUUGAAGUUGCACUUACAUAUGAAGAAGAAAGAGUCCAUUUUUGCAGCAGCUUCAUUUGUUGUCAUAUGUGAAGAGAAGUGCAUAAGUCUAAAGAGUUGUUUAAGACAUAAAGCGAAGAUGUUCCUUUCUCAUUAUGGGUGUGUUCGGUUUGGUCAGUAUGUAUAUGGAUCUUAUUUGUUUCAAUAGAGGUGUAUUUCAAAA